AUGGCGGAUCCGCCGCCUGUGCUCACGCUCCUAGUGAAGAAGGGCCCCUGCGAGGGGAAGACCCUGCAGCGCCGCGCCGGCGCCGCGGCGCUCCGUGUCGGCCGCGUUGCCAAGGGCAACCACCUCUCCGUGGGCGACGCGGGCGCGUCGCAGAGGCAUCUCUCCGUCGAGUUCCUCCCGCCGCCUGCGGCCCGGUGGGCCGUCACCGAUCUAGGCUCCUCCAACGGCACCCUCCUCAACGUUACGCCUCUCGUGGCCACUAUCCCCGCUCCGCUCUCCGACGGGGACCUCAUCAAGAUCGGGGAGACCACCGUGCUCGCCGUCUCCAUAUCGACCGAUGCAGGCCCGGGACCGGGCCCCGCCGCGACUAGGCGUUCCGCGCGCAACGCGGCGGCGGCGGCGGCGGAGGCGGAGGAACAGGGCCCCGCGGUUUCUCGCAGGGCCGGACGGAGGAAGGCCGGUGCGGCGGAAGCCCCUGAAGCUGGGAAUGAAGUGGAGGAGGAAGCUGCACUCCCGACUCGCCGAGGCGGGCGGAAGAAGGCUGGUGCGGCGGAAGCCCCCGAAGCUGGGAAUGAAGUGGAGGAGGAAGCUGCACUCCCGACUCGCCGAGGCGGGCGGAAGAAGGCCGGUGCGGCGGAAGCCCCCGAAGCUGGGAAUGAAGUGGAGGAGGAAGCUGCACUCCCGUCUCGCCGAGGCGGGCUGAAGAAGGCCGUUGAGCCCGCUGGAGUGGAGACGGAAGCGGAAGAUGAAGAGGAGGAAGCGGCAAUACCGAGCCGUGGCAGGUCAAGGAAGGCUGCAGUGACGUUCGUCCUUCCGCCACAGCCGCAAAACACGAGGUCAGCGAGAGCUGCUGCAAGAAGAGGUGAGGUGUUGGGGUGCGAAAACGACGAGGGGGAAGUGGUGAGGACCGGAAGGGGGCGAGGACGGGUUCCAAGGGCAAGUGCAAGGAAUGGUACGGGUGUUACUCCCGAGGAGGAGGAAGAGGAGGGUGAGGUAGCUGUGGCCAGAGAUCAGGAAGGGACAGCCGCCGAGGGCAAGGGUGAGGUGGUGCCGGCGUCUGGGAGAGGACGAGCAAAGAGGGGCAGAGGAGGCCGAGGCCGAGGCCGCGGAAGGGCUACGAGGGCAAGUACAAAGAAGCAGGCUGAGGAUGCAAUUGUUGAGAACGAUGAAAAUGAGCAAGAAGAAAAGGAUAUGGCUGAUGGCAGAGAACGAGUGGGGAGUCCAUUGAGGGUGUUGGCUGUGAAUGAUUGUUCUGAAGAGGAUAAGGUGGCAGCUGAGGAUGACAAGUUGGAUGGAAACUCAAAGGCAUCCGUGGAGGAUGAGAAGAUGGUGGAUGUGGAGGAGGAUGCGACAUUGACAGAGAGGGCAAUAGAGGGGAGGGUCAAUGCUCAGCAUGCUCCUGCUGACAAUGGUGGUGUGGAAGAAGAGGAGGUGAAGAAUUUGAGCAAGGGAGGGGAAACUGAAUUAGAUCAGGAAUUGAGGGAAAAAGUGUCACCUGGGUCAAAGAAUGACAAGAGGGAAGCUACUGGUACCAGUGGUGAGAAAGGCCAUGUGGGGGAGAGCAAAGGAAGACACAGAUUGGAGAAUAUGACAUUGGGGCAGUGGUUUGUUCAGAUUGAGAAAUACCUUCUAGCAAAGAAUGCAGAGGCUGCUGAAAAGGCGAUAGCUGAAGUGCAAGAGAAACAUCGGCGGUUUUGUGAACAUGUUAAAUUGCUCAAGCUCAACAAGAGUUCUGCUCCUUGA